CCCCAGAAGACCGGCGACUGGCCCGCUUCGUAUUGUUGGGAUUCGGCGGUGCACUUCAGUCCUCAGUCGGGUGUUUGUUUGUAACGAGCGCGCAAAGUGUGUCACUUGCGGCUGGUUGCGUCGUUCGCGCAUCAUAUAGCGAUCGAGUGAAUAACAGUUGUUUUUCUCGCGCAUCACUGUGUGCUGCUAUACUGCUGCUAACCAAAGGAUCCGUUCCGCGCGAAGUAACGAGCUAAAACAAAACCAAAAGAUGACAACUUGGCAAGCACCUGGUGCGGGAUUCUAUCCAGGGCAACAAGGUCCACAUCCAUACCCUCAACAAAAUCCUGGGUAUCCACCACCGCAAGAAGGCUAUCCAUAUCCUCCACAAAAUCCAGGAUAUCCACCACCUUACUCCGGUGGAAAUCCGCCAGGUCCAGGAUUUAUACCUCCACCAGGUGCUCCACCUUACGGUGAGGCACCGCCAAUUGGUUCAGGAUUCGGAGGAAUACCACCAGUUCAAUCAGGGAUGUACGGGUCUAGCUAUGGAGAAGACCCUCUGCAGGAUGAGAUCAAAGGAUUUGAAUUCAAUGAUAAAACCAUUAGGAAUGGCUUCAUCAGGAAAGUAUAUAGCAUCCUGAUGUGUCAGUUACUCAUCACAUUUGGGAUGAUUACUUUGUUCCUCUAUCAUAAACCAACACAGCAAUGGGCCAUGAGACAUACAGAAUUGUUUUGGAUCGCCUUUGCUGCAACUAUCAUCUUGAUCAUAUGUAUGGCUUGCUGUACCAAUGUGAGACGUAAGGCCCCGAUGAACUUCAUAUUCCUGUUUUUAUUUACAUUGGCGGAAGCUUUCUUGCUGGCUCUAGCUUCUUCGACUUACAAAAGUGAAGAAGUUAUGUUAGCUGUUGGAAUUACAGCGGCGGUUUGUCUAGGACUGACAAUAUUCGCAUUUCAGACGAAAAUUGAUUUUACAGGAUUACAUACCGUUCUAUUUGUCGCUGUGCUCAUCUUACUUAUUUUUGGUAUAGUCGCGAUGAUCUGGCCUGGAAAAAUUAUGACUUUGGUUUAUGCGUCGCUCGGUGCAUUAAUAUUCUCUUUCUAUCUGAUCUAUGAUACGCAAAUGAUGAUAGGUGGAAAGCACAAAUAUUCCAUUUCGCCAGAGGAGUACAUCUUUGCCGCGUUGAGUCUGUAUCUAGAUGUUGUUAACAUUUUCAUCUACAUCCUGACUAUUAUUGGCGCUUCGCGAGACUAAUUGCUGUCAAUUCUAUUUUGACUUGUAUUGUAACUACUACAAGAUACACAAGCAGCUUUUACUUAUCGCCGUCCUGCUCUGGCUCUCUGCAGUUAUCGUCCUGAGAGUACACUGUAGGCGAGCAAAUAAUGAAGUGUAAAGAAGUAUAAUAUUGGCAAGAUUUUAAUUUCUAUGAACAGGUAGUUUUUACAAAUUUUUGAAGAUUAAUGUGUACAAACAGCACGCUUGGAUUCAAAGCCUCUUAUUUACGUCCAUAAGGCGUAAUACAAAGUGUUUCCUAUCUUCUCUUAGGUAUGAAACCAAAUAUAAAUUCUUAUAAUUGCUUUAAUAGGAUAGUAUGCAUUAUUAUUAUUAUU